AGUGGAGUGGCAAAUGACGACCAUGUCAAUCGCGACGAACAACAAUUCAAUGCAUCAAGACAAUCACCGUCUGCGAAGAAGAAGAGCAGCACAUGGUGGAAGACGAGCCUGUUCAGCGGCAUGAUCCAGGAUGUUCGUCGACGAGCACCUUUUUACUGGAGCGACUGGAAAGACGCAUGGGACUAUCGAGUCGUACCCGCGACCGUAUACAUGUACUUUGCCAACAUCCUGCCCGCGCUCGCCUUUUCCCUCGACAUGUUUGAAAAGACGAAGCAAAGCUUUGGCGUCAACGAAGUGCUGCUCGCCUCUGUGCUGGGCUCGGUCGUCUUCUCGCUCGCAGCAGCACAGCCGCUCGUCAUUGUAGGCGUUACGGGCCCGAUUACGGUGUUCAACUACACCGUGUAUGACAUCAUUGUCCCGCGCGGCACAAACUACUUUGCCUUUAUGGCGUGGAUUGGUAUCUGGUCGCUCAUCUUUCACUGGAUUCUGGCCGUUACCAACUCGUGCAAUGCACUGCGCUAUGUCACGCGGUUUUCCUGCGACAUCUUUGGCUUCUACGUUGCGUUUAUUUAUCUGCAAAAGGGCAUCCAGGUCCUGACGAGGCAGUGGGAAGUCAGCGAUGCGUCGGCGUACCUGUCCAUUGUGAUUGCGCUGCUGGUCACGGCCGUGGCAUACUUGUGUGGUGUAAUUGGGCAAUCAUCGCUGCUGCAACGCCAUGUAAGGAAGUUCAUCGAGGACUACGGUACCCCCUUGACCGUGGUAUUCUUCACGGGCUUCGUCCACAUUGGCAAUAUGGCAGGUAUCGAGCUGCUCAAGCUGCCUACAUCCAAAGCCUUCUUUCCCACGACUGACCGCGGAUGGUUUGUUCAUCUCUGGGAUAUCAGUGUCGGCGACGUGUUUCUCGCUAUCCCGUUUGCCAUUCUGCUCACCAUCCUCUUCUGGUUCGACCACAAUGUAUCCAGCCUAAUUGCACAGGGCACGGAAUUCCCGCUCCAAAAGCCAGCAGGGUUCCAUUGGGAUCUGUUUCUCCUCGGUCUGACAACUGGUGUCGCCGGCCUCCUCGGCGUCCCUUUCCCCAAUGGCCUCAUCCCGCAAGCCCCCUUCCACACGACAUCCCUUUGCGUGACACGCACACUCUCCGCCAGUGACCAAAGCGAUGACGAUGACGAAGCGAACAAAGGCCACAAGCGCACCGUAGUCGACCACGUCGUCGAGCAGCGCGUGUCAAACCUUGCCCAAGGCCUCCUUACACUCGGCACCAUGACCGGCCCUUUACUCAUCGUCCUGCACCUCAUCCCGCAAGCCGUCCUCGCAGGUCUCUUCUUCGUAAUGGGCAUCCAAGCCCUCGAAGCAAACGGCCUCACCCUCAAACUCCUCUUCCUCGCCCGCGACCGCCAUCUCACCCCCAAGUCCGAGCCACUCCUAUGCAUCCAGCGCCGCUGGGUCAUCUGGGCUUUCGUCGGCCUCGAACUCAUCGGCUUCGGCGCCACAUUCGCAAUCACCCAGACCAUUGCUGCAAUCGGGUUUCCCGUCUUCAUCCUCCUGUACAUUCCCAUGCGCACAUGGCUCAUGCCACGCUUUCUUACACCAGAUGAAUUGGCCGUCUUGGAUGCACCGACCGCGAGUCCAUUUACUAUGGAGAGCGUGGGCGGGAAUCAUGGCCAGGUCGUCGCUGACCCACAGCCUGCGGCUGCGUUGCGGCUUGGUGAUGAGGCGGAGAGGGGGCAGAGUAUGUCGAGUGGAAUUGUGGAUGCUGAAGCAGGUAGGCGGAGGAGGAGCCUUCAUACCACAAGGGGGGGUGCAGGAGUUGAUGAUAUUGAGAAAUCGUAGGCCUAUUCGCCUACCUAUGUUGGCGUUCUUUUUUUUUUCUUCUUUCUUCCUGGACAUUUACAAGGUAAGAAUAAUAUAGAUUGAAGUGAGGCGGAAGUUAUACAUGGAACUGGGAGAUUUUUUUUCUGAAAAAAAAUAAAAUUCUUUGUCUCCGGUUUUUUUUGGGGGGGUGCCCAAUUGCUCAUAGUCUAGUAUGUAUUGUUUUCUCAAGAAAUACAACUCGCAUCCUGAACGAGAGGACUGCCGCCUAUUUACUCUU